AUGAGCGACCGAAGACGGACGACCGAUGCGGUCGUCAAUAUUGUUCUUACGGCGGGGAUGGCCGUCACAGCAUACUUCCUCGUGCGCAACCUCCUAUCCUCGUUCGCGAGUACUUUGGAUCCGGAUAAAGAAAAGCAUGAGCAAGCUAGAUUAAGAGCACGGGCGAAUUUGCAACGUCUACAACGAAGUAAACGCAACGACGAGGAAGGCGAAGAUGGGACGGACGGGAGCAGCUCACGAAGGGGACCACGAGUGGAAGAGCUCGUUCUGAACGAGUAUGAGAACCUAAUAGCAUUGGAGGUUGUGGCGCCAGAGGAUAUUUCCGUGGGCUUCGACGAUAUUGGUGGACUGGAAGAAAUUAUUGAGGAGCUCAAGGAAUCAGUCAUCUAUCCCCUGACUAUGCCGCAGCUAUACUCGCACGCUGCUCCUCUUCUUUCCGCACCAUCAGGAGUGUUGCUCUACGGGCCACCGGGCUGUGGAAAGACUAUGCUAGCCAAGGCGGUUGCACAUGAGAGCGGCGCUUCAUUCAUCAACCUGCAUAUAUCGACUCUUACGGAAAAAUGGUAUGGCGAUUCUAAUAAGCUGGUUCGCGCCGUUUUCUCUUUAGCGCACAAGCUUCAACCGGCAAUUAUCUUCAUCGAUGAGAUUGACGCUGUUUUGGGUACUCGACGAAGCGGAGAGCACGAGGCUAGUGGAAUGGUAAAGGCCGAAUUCAUGACUCUCUGGGAUGGGUUAACAUCGAACAAUGCUUCUGGUAUUCCUGCGAGAAUAGUUGUCCUUGGCGCCACCAAUAGGAUGCACGACAUUGACGAGGCUAUCCUACGCAGAAUGCCAAAGAAGUUUCCAGUUCCCCUACCAGGGAAGGACCAACGGCGCCGAAUUCUGCAACUUGUUCUCCAGGACACCAAGAGGGACUCCGAAUUUGAUAUGGAGUACAUAGCUAAGGUUACGGCUGGCAUGUCUGGCAGCGACAUCAAAGAGGCUUGCAGAGAUGCUGCAAUGGUUCCUAUGAGGGAAUAUAUCCGAGAACAUCGAGCUUCAGGCCAGGCAAUGUCGAGUGUCAACCCUGAACGUGUCCGUGGACUCCAAACAGCGGACUUCUUUGGUCGCAAGGGCGGCGGGCAGAUUCUGAUGGAAAAUCAUGCUCGCAGACUGGCCGAGACAAAGAAAAAGACGUCCAAGACCUCCAGUGAGGAAUACGAGGACGUUGAGGAGCAAAUCACUGAGCUUCCGGACUAA